GCGCGGUGCGAAGGAGCCGUGAGAAGCGGAGCGAGAAGAAAUCGAUGAGGCUUCGAAGCUUAAGGAGCGGAGACUCGUCCUGUUCGCCCGGGAAGCGCGUAUGCGUCCGCUCUGCUAGCGACCGGUCACAGAGCAGCUGUGAGAAGCUGAGCAGCGGAGUCUUUCUUUGUUACUCGACUUCUUACCUCACCUGCAGCUGUGUGUCGUCCCGUUAAACUUUCUCUUUCUCUGACACACAUUCAUUCAAAUUCAAUACUGUCCAGCAGCACCGCAGUCAGACUCGGUGUCCCUCGCCCCCCCCAGUGGCCCCGUGCGAUGCCGACCCGCACCAGUGUGACCGGAAGUGCUCAUGCCAGCAAAGUGCGCUAUUCGAAGCUGGUGGGCAGUGAUGAUGGAUACAUUGACCUGCAGUUCAAGAAGAGCCCACCUAAAGUGCCAUACAAGGCCAUUGCCCUGGCGGCGGUCCUCUUCCUCAUCGGCUCCGUGCUCAUCAUCAUCGGAGCCCUUCUCUUGACAGGGUACAUCGAAGUAUCGCACCCGGACCGCACCAUUCCUGUCCUCAUCAUUGGAAUUCUGGUCUUCCUUCCCGGGUUCUACCACUUGAGGAUUGCCUACUAUGCGUGGCGGGGUUACCAUGGUUACUCUUACGAAGACAUCCCUGACUUUGACGACUAGUUGUCGAUCAGAGCGCCGAGAUGCUGCCUGACGGUUCGGCGAAGGACACCGAAGAACGUUCUCCCUUUGGGCGGUCACUCUGCUGACUUUUGACGGAGUUCUGGUCAGAUAGGCUGAUCUUAAUUUAGAGAAACGUCUUUUUUUUAUUUUCUUUUGAACAAAGGAGAUGUUUUCAAGUCAGGAACUUGCAGCAUUGCCCGGAAACAAAUUCUUGAUUAAAUCCGUAUUAAUUACUAUUUUACAAAAAAACCGGCUACAGAAGACAUUUUAACUGGCAGUAAAUAUUAAAAAUAAACAUUUUGCUCCUGUUUUUACAUGCAGUUGUGCUUGACAGAGAAGUUUGUAGAGAAGUAGAGAACAGGACCAAGGAUGGAGGGAAGAGAAGCUGCUUUAGGAAGAGCUUCCAUCUGAACAUAACAUAACCUGCAGCACUGUGUGUGCUGCUGGCAUUUCUAAUGCCAUUAUUAAUAUUUAUAAUAAAAUUGCACUUCUCAAAU